AUGAACUUCGAGCUUCCGGACGACGUGCAGAACUACCUCUCCCGCGUGGACGCUUUUAUCAAGGAGAAGAUCCUCCCCCUUCAACACAAAGACGACAACAACCGCUUCUUUGACCACCGCCGUGAAGCUUCGCGGACGCAAUGGGACAACCAAGGUCUCCCUACUCAUGAGUGGGAAGACCUGCUUCGUCAAGCACGCAAGCUCGCCGACGAAGCGGGCUUUUACCGGUUCGGCUUCCCCAAGGAAUAUGGUGGUGCCGGCAGCGACCAGCAGAAUCUGUACAUGUGCGCGAUACGAUACCAUCUCGCGUCUCACCCCGUCUACGGCGGCGGUGUAAGCCUGGCCAAUGAUCUCCAGAACGAGCACAGCGUGGUUGGCAACAACCCCAUCAUCAUCAUGCUGCAGCAUUACGGCACCAAGGAACAACAGCAGAAGUUCAUCCCCGCGAGUAUCAAGGGCGAGUUUCGAGCCACAUUUGGCUUGACCGAGAUUCACCACGGUUCCGAUGCCACGCACAUGGACACCACCGCCAAACCCAUUACCCUUGCCAACGGAGAAGCGGGCUACGAGAUCAACGGCAACAAGAAAUGGCAGACAGGCAUGCACUCGGCGACACACUGCCUCAUCUUUGCACGCACGUCCGGGCAAGCAGGCUCACCGAAGGGCAUUACGGCCUUCAUCGUCCCCCGAGAGACACCGGGCGUGAAAGUCGCGUCGUACGAGUGGACGCUCAACAUGCCGACGGAUCACGCAACCAUUCUUUUCGACAAGGUGCAAGUCCCGGCUUCGACUAUCCUCGGGCCACUUGACAAUGGCCUAGCCAUCGCCCAGACAUUCACACAUGAGAAUCGCAUUCGACAGGCCGCUUCGAGCUGCGGGGCAGCUCGGUACUGUAUUGACCGAAGCGUCGAGUACGCGAAGAAGAGAACCGUGUUCGGCAAACCGCUGUCGUCGAACCAAGCUAUACAGUGGCCACUCGUGGAGUUGUCCACCCAGGCUGAAAUGCUGAGGUUGCUCAUUCUCCGUACGGCUGUGGAAAUGGACCAAGUCACGGCUGCUGCGAAGAAGAGCGGCAACGCACCUUGGGUGGCCAUUGAGAAGCAACUGGGCCACAAGAUAGGCAUGUGCAACUACUAUGCCAACCGGUUGUGCUGCGACUCGGCCGACAGGGCGAUUCAGAUCCAUGGCGGAGUCGGCUAUUCGAGGCAUUAUCCCUUUGAGCACAUCUGGCGGCAUUUCAGGAGGUAUAGAAUCACCGAAGGCAGUGAAGAAGUGCAGAUCAGGAAGGUCGCCGCGUAUCUGUUCGGCUACAAAACUACAGGUGAAAGCACGGAGCAGCAGCUGAAGAAGAGUGAGGCAAAGUUGUGA